AUGAGACGACCCCAUGGUGUAAAAAAAAAGCUUGGCCAUGGUGGUCAAGAAAAUAGCCAAGACAGGAUCAGCAGAGAAGAUUCUGCAUUCUAUUGCAUGUUAAACUCUCUAUCCUUCUGUCCCUCUCCAUCUCUCCCUGUCCUGCAGUCCCCUGACCAAGGUGAAGCUGAUCAACGAGCUGAAUGAGAGAGAGGCCUCAUUGGGGGUGAAGGAAAAUGUGUCAUGGCACUCUGAGUAUAAAGACAGCGCCUGGAUCUUCAUCGGUAAGAGGCUGUGUCAGAGACACCCCUGUGAUUGAAUAGGAUUGAUCUGAACCCUGGUCCUCUGUAGCUCAGCUGGUAGAGCACGGCGCUUGUAACGCCAAGGUAGUGGGUUCGAUCCCCGGGACCACCCAUACACACAAAAAAAAAAUGUAUGCACGCAUGACUGUAAGUCGCUUUGGAUAAAAGCGUCUGCUAAAUGGCAUAUUAUUAUAUUAUUAUUACAAUACUUCUCCAGCCAUGUUUUGGGUGUACUGUCAGCUGACCAGUAGGUGGCAGCAAAGUAGUGGUUUGUUUAUUCAGUCAGUGGCUUGCUCUCUAGUCCAUCUCACCAGCAGAGUUAUAAGCCUGUUAUUAACUUGUUUUUCUGUUUUAACCUACAGGUGGGUUUCCAUAUGAGCUGACGGAAGGUGACAUCGUCUGUGUCUUCUCUCAGUGAGUCCCAUACAUACACCCCUUCCUCCAAUCUCUCCACUCACUGUGUCCUUUCUCUCCCCCUGUCCUUCUCAUCUGUUUUUUUUUCUAUCCAAUUACCUGUGUCUUUCCAUGCUUAUCUUCGCCUAUUCCCUCUUAACCUUCCCCAUUUUCAUUCUGAAUAAAUCAAGUGUUCUUUGCAUUAGAUUAAGUUUAUUCCUGCUUAAUGUGUGUCUGCAGGUAUGGAGAGAUAGCCAACAUCAACCUAGUGCGUGACAAGAAGACGGGUAAAUCCAAAGGCUUCUGCUUCAUCUGCUAUGAGGACCAGAGAAGCACCAUCCUGGCUGUGGAUAACUUAAAUGGGAUCAAGGUAAUGAAUGGCAAUCACUCACAGCUGAGGGAGAAAGAACAAGCCAGUAAACAUGCAUAAAUGAAUGGUUAUACAAUGCAAAAGCUUUGGGACUGGCAAAAGAUUUGUAAAUUACUAUCUCAUUGUGUUGUGGUCUGUGUGUCUCUCUCGGUAUCUAGAUAAAGGGGCGGACCAUCCGAGUGGACCACGUGCUGAACUACCGCCCUCCCAAAGACAAUGAGGACAUGGACGAUAUCACCAAGCGCCUGAGGGAGGAGGGCUGUGCCCCCAAACUACCCGACCUUUCAUCCUCCGAGUCCGAAGAAGAGGAGCAGUAUGCCGUACCCGUAAAGAAGCCCAAGAAAGGUGAGAGGAGAAGAGACUACUGGAGGUCUAGAUGGUACAGGUCUGCAGCUUGUGUCAGCUUCAUUAGACUGGCGAUUUGAAAUACAAGAGCUUUGACUAAAGUAGAAUGUACACUGAAGAAAAAUAUAAACGCAACAAUUAACGUUUUUACUGAGUUAUAGUUCAUAUAAGGAAAUCAGCCAAUUGAAAUAAAUUCAUUAGGCCCUAAUCUAUAGAUUUCACAUGACUGGGAAUACAGAUAUGCGUCUAUUGGUCACAGAUAUCUUUAAAAAAUGGUAGGGUCAUGGUUCAGAAACCAGACAGUAUCUGGUGUGACCACCAUUUGCCUCAUACAGCGAGACACAUCUCCUUUGCAUAGAGUUGAUCAGGCUGUUGAUUGUGGCCUGUGGAAUGUUGUCCCACUCCUCUUCAAUGGCUGUGCGAAGUUGCUGGAUAUUGGCGAGAACCUGAACACGCUGUCGUACACGUUGAUCCAGAGCAUCCCACACAUGCUCAAUGGGUGACAUGUCUGUUGACUAUACAGGCCAUGGAAGAACUGGGACAUUUUCAGCAUCCAGGAAUUGUGUACAGAGCCUUGCGACAUGGGGCUGUGCAUUAUCAUGCUGAAAAAUGAGGUGAUGGCGGCGGAUGAAUGGCACGACAAUGGGCUUCAGGAUCUCAUCACGGUAUCUCUGUGCAUUCAAAUUACCACCGAUAAAAUGCAAUUGUAUUCAUUGUCCGCAGCUUAUGCCUGCCCAUACCAUAACCCCACCUCCACCAUGGGGCACUCUGUUCACAAUGUUGACAUCAGCAAACCGCUUGCCCACACAACGCCAUACAGGCGGUCUGCCAUCUGCCCGGUACAGUUGAAACCGGGAUUCAUCCGUGAAGAGCACACUCCUCCAGCAUGCCAGUGACCAUCGAAGGUGAGCAUUUGCCCACUGAAGUCGGUUACGACGCUGAACUGCAGUCAGAUCAAGACCCUGGUGAUGACGACGAGCACGCAGAUGAGCUUCCCUGAGACCGUUUCUGACAGUUUGCAGUAAUUAUUCGGUUGUGCAAACCCACAGUUUCAUUAGCUGUCCGGGUGGCUCGUCUCAGACCAGAUGUGGAGGUCAUGAGCUGGCGUGGUUACACGUGGUCUGCAGUUGUGAGGCCGGUUGGACGUACUGCCAAAUUCUCUAAAACGACAUUGGAGGCGGCUUAUGGUAGAGAAGUGAACAUUCAAUUCUCUGGCAACAACUCUGGUGGACAUUCCUGCAGUCAGCAUGCCAAUUGCACGCUGCCUCAACUUGAGACAUCUGUGGCAUUGUGUUGUGUGACAAAACUGCACAUUUUAGAGUGGCCUUUUAUUGUCUCCAGCAAAAGGUGCACCUGUUUAAUGAUCAUGCUGUUUAAUCAGCUUCUUGAUAUGCCACACCGGUCAGGUGGAUCGAUUACCUUGGCAAAGUAGAAAUGCUUACUAACAGGGAUGUAAACAAAUUUGUGCACAAAAUUUGAGAGAUUUUUGUGCGUAUGGAAAAUGUCUGGGAUCUUUUAUUUCAGCUCAUGAAACAUGGGACCAACACUUUACAUGUUGCAUUUUAUAUUUUUGUUCAGUAUAUUUGCAAGGCAAGCACACCCGAGUAGUGGAGGAUAACUUGGCUGUCAGUGUGUCUCAAAUAGGUGUCACAGUCAUGUUCAUAUCAUCUCCUCUUACCUGACCUUACCCUCCCUGUCUUUUCUUUCAUCUCCAACCCAGACAAGAAAGAGAAGAAGAAAAAGAAGAAGAAGGCUCUGAAGGAGGAUAGGCAGCAGAGGGAGAGGCUAGCCCAGACUCCCCCUGGGUCUCCCCCUGGGCCUGCCCUGGCAGUGAGGGUGAAGCAGGAGGUGGAGGACCUGGGCUAUGACUACAGCCAGCGAGGGGCGCCAGAGGAGUGGCUGGGGCCCAGGGGAGAGAGAUCAGGGCCUGGGGCAGAGGCACGGAACCAACGAGACACCCACAGGCAGGUGGACAGAGGGUUCCGAAAUCGCCAUGGGGAGAGAGAAGGAGAGAGGGAGAGGCCCAGGGAGGAUGAGAAGAGGAGAGAUGGAGGACUGCAGUUGGAGAGCAAGAGGACAGGCAGGGAGGAGAGAGAGAACCAAGACUGGGAUAGAGACAGAACUAGGGAGGGAGAAAGAGAGAGGGACAAUGAGAGGAACAGAGUGAGAGAGAGGGACUGGGACAGUGAUAGGAACAGAGACCGGGAGAGCGAGAAGAACAGAGACCGGGAGAGAGAGAGGUCAAGUAAGCACAAAGAACACAGUCGGGAGAGAGACCAAAGGAGAAAGUAACAGACAGAAGUGCCUUGAUUGUAGUCAAGACAACUGGAAUGAGUGAAAUCUUAGUCUUUCCUUCACUGUAGAAAAUCAGCAAGGAACUGGGACCAUGGACAUGGAACUAACAUUAUUGGUUGUUUUAUUUUGUUAGUCUUUGUCAUAAGCCACAUCAAGCCUGUUGAUUCCAUAUUCGCUGUUAUGGAAAGACUGAUGUGGAGACUGAGCUGUACAGUGGAUGAUGACUUGAGUCAUGAGAAGAUGGCCUCUGUUUCCAUGACAACAGCUUAGCGUCAUCAGCAGCAGAGUUAAAUCGGAACUGGAUUUCAAAUGAAUUGUCACCCUCAAACCGCUUUACAGUGCUUAAUCUGACAAUGAUUUAAUGUUGUAAAUAAAAUGACAUUUGUGUUUGUAAAAAAAGAAAGAAAGAAAAAAAAC